GAAGGUGAAGGCACAAGAUGUUCAAGCUUAACUUAGUUUUGGCCACAGUGCUGCUGUGUUUCGUCUUCGCCACAGCGCAGGUGAUGCCGAAUUCAGAGGUCGGCAGGGUGACAGUGCAGGUGCCGUUAGUGUCCAAUGGAAAGCCCGUGCUGACCAAGGAUAAGGUGGAUCAGGUGGAGGUAGCACACGUUGUUGAGAUUAAGCCCGGCAAGGCGGUGACCGAGGAGGUGGUGGUACCGCCCGUUGUAAUGAAGCCGGUGCCCAAAGUGCGAAAUAUGAGAGCUGUUGUAGAGACGGUUAAUCCUGGUGUACCGAAUCCCGGCAAGCCCAAUCCUGGCAUCCCAAUUCGUGGCAUGCCAAAUCCUGGAGUGCCUAAUCCAGGAAUGCCAAAUCCUGGAGUACCUAAUCCUGGUAUGCCCAAUCCUGGAAUGCCAAAUCGUGGUAUGCCCAAUCCUGGAAUGACAAAUCGUGGUAUGCCCAAUCCUGGAGUGCCUAAUCCUGGAAUGCCAAAUCCUGGAGUGCCUAAUCCUGGUAUGCCCAAUCCUGGAGUGCCCAACCCUGGCAUGCCCAAUCCUGGAGUGCCCAACCCUGGCAUGCCCAAUCCCAGUGUUCCACACGCAGCCGCCUCGGAGGUGCAUCCCGUCGUCGUACUGCCUCCCAGCACUACCGUAUCCCCAGUUGAGGUGCGCAAAGCCAAGCCCUCAAGGAACUGUCAUCAGCUGCUCUUGGCUGACAUGACAACCACCCCAAUGCCAAUACCGCCAACUCCCGCUGAGAGCUGUGAUCAGCUGUGCACCAAGUUUGAGCUGUUGCCCAUCUGCGCCCACAAUGGGGUCUGCCUCCACGAGUUUCCCAAUCAGUGCGUCAUGGACACCUUCAACUGCAAACAUCGCGAUUUGGCAUUCCGUGCCGUCGAUGAGGAUGUCUGUCGAAUGGGUUUGUGCUCCCGGCGAUGCAAAGCUGAGGAUCUCAACAUGUAAAUUAGGCAAAAAGUAUUACAUUUAUUACAUACACACAGUAUGUUCAUAUACAUUUACAUAUACAUGCCCUAGUCGAGGGGAUUAUUUUUUCAUAAA